AUGGGGAAGAACAGUCAGCUGGAGGCUGUAUGGGGGAAGAACAGACAACUGGAGGCUGUAUGGGGGAAGAACAGUCAGCUGGAGGCUGGGUCUAAGGCUCCGUCUCAGGGGUCUAAGGCUCCGUCUCAGGGGUCUAAGGCUCCGUCUCAGGGGCCUAAGGCUCCGUCUCAGGGGUCUAAGGCUCCGUCUCAGGGGCCUAAGGCUCCGUCUCAGGGGCCUAAGGCUCCGUCUCAGGGGUCUAAGGCUCCGUCUCAGGGGUCUAAGGCUCCGUCUCAGGGGUAUAAGGCUCCGUCUCAGGGGUCUAAGGCUCCGUCUCAGGGGCCUAAGGCUCCGUCUCAGGGGUCUAAGGCUCCGUCUCAGGGGUCUAAGGCUCCGUCUCAGGGGCCUAAGGCUCCGUCUCAGGGGCCUAAGGCUCCGUCUCAGGGGUCUAAGGCUCCGUCUCAGGGGUCUAAGGCUCCGUCUCAGGGGUCUAAGGCUCCGUCUCAGGGGUCUAAGGCUCCGUCUCAGGGGUCUAAGGCUCCGUCUCAGGGGUCUAAGGCUCCGUCUCAGGGGUCUAAGGCUCCGUCUCAGGGGUCUAAGGCUCCGUCUCAGGGGUCUAAGGCUCCGUCUCAGGGGGUCUAA